AUGCUAUAUGUGGCGGGACUCGAGCAGGCACUCGUGGAAUCGGGAGUUGGCUUCGCGUUCCGACUCAGGAUUGGUGGAGUGGCGCAGACAUGGACGCUGCCCGGCUUGGUGUUCGCUGAUGAUCUAGUACUACUGGCUGAGCGCAGCAGUGACCUUCAGAGGUUGGUAACACCGGCAGCCGACCACCUGAAGAGUCUGGGCCUUCACUUCAAUGCCAAAAAAUCGGCCAUAUUGCAGUUUUCAGGCGUGGAGACCAUUGAUGUGCAGCUUCCCGACGGAGGAAGCAUUCCGGUAUCAGACAAGUACCGGUAUCUCGGUGUCAACCUUUGCACCUCCGCAGAUCUCUAUGACAAGCAAGAGGAGCACGUUCGACAGGCUUCUGUGAGGGCCGCCAACGUGUUGCGACGGCGGAGCCUGUGGGGGUGCAACCGGUUUGUACUGGUGCGCGAACUGUGGAAGGCAGUACAUGUGCCAGUGCUGACAUUCGCCAACGCCGUCAUCUGCCUGUCCGCAGCAACACGCCAGUGGUUGGAAAGAGGCCAGCGUGAGGUUGGGCGACUGGCGCUGGCGUGUCAUGGACGUGUAGCGGUCGAAGCUGUGCAAGGUGACCUCGGAUGGUCAAGUUACGAGGCACGAGAGGCAAGGAGCAAGGCGGCCUACGAAGGCCGUCUUCGCCUCAUGAACGACCAGCGGUGGGCCCGUCGUGUAUUUAGAUACACAGCUAUCAAGGGCAUGAACACACCAUGGCGCAGGCGUCUCCACACUCUGUGCCGCAAGUACUCCCUUUUUACUGACCCCGUCCAGGAGGACAGUGAGAGAAAAUGGGCAGUAAGAGUACGGAAUAGAGUGCAGGAAGCUGAGACGUCGGUGUGGCAGGCGGCUAUGGAGCAGAAACCUAGCCUAGCCCUAUACAGAGCCCACAAGACCACCAUCUCCGCCGAACGCUUAUACGACAAUAGUGCCGGCAGUGCACUUCUGUUUGAGGCCCGUGCUGGAGCGCUCCGCACUCGGGUGUAUCGGCGUCACUUCGACCCGUCGUUGGCUGACGGCACUGUGCAGUGCAGGACAUGCGGGAAAGACGAGGAGAGCAUUGAACACCUGGUGCUUCACUGCGAACGCCUCUGGCCUCGUCAGACAGAUGGCGCCACACUACCGGAGGCACUCGGCUUUGUGAAAGACUGUGGCGCAUCCAUAGACGGCAGCCGCGAUACCAACGUGCACCCCCUGGCAGCGACAGCAAUAACAAAAGCAAGGCUUCUGCAGUGGUGGUCAGGGAGACAGUGAACAAUUGUGA